AUGAAAACUAUCUCUAAAGUGUUAAUACUAUUGACGUGGUUCUGGCAAAUGGCGGGUGUUAUGGGGAAAAGAUCACUUUCGGCUACUUCGUUGGUGACAUGUAUGGAUAAUUCGCAAAUUUCGCCAACUUACUUCAAUGUGACGUUCAAUCCGGACGAUAGGUCGUUGAAAUACAGUAUUGAUUUAACAACUGAGAUCAAUGCCAAGGUGGAAGCGUUUGUCCAGGUUUAUGCCUACGGGUUUUUAAUUAUCGAAAAGAACGUGGAUAUGUGUUCUUUGGGGUGGAAGCAGUUCUGUCCAAUUUAUCCUGGGACCAUGCAAGUUGAGAGUAUUGAGUACAUUAGCGAGGAAUAUGUGAAAGAGAUCCCAGGCAUAGCGUACACAGUUCCGGACAUCGACGCAGUGGUGAAAGUUAUUGUGAAGGACCAAUCGGACGGAAAGCAGUUAUCAUGUAUGCAAGCAAGUUUUACAAAUGGGAAGACUGUAGAACAAACAGGUGCUAAAUGGGCUACUGCUGUUAUUGCAGGGUUGGGAUUAUUGAUCGCGGCCGUUUUAUCAACUUUUGGUAACUCUACGGCAGCUACUAAUAUAUCUGCUAACUCAGUUUCUUUGUUCUUGUACUUUCAAUCGGUUGUUGUUGUAUCCAUGCAGAAUGUUGAAAGAGUUCCUCCUAUUGCGUCGGCUUGGGCGGAAAACCUCGCUUGGUCCAUGGGUUUAAUUAGAGUCAAAUUCAUGCAAGAAAUUUUCAGAUGGUAUGUCCAAAGUACUGGUGGCUCGCCAACUUUGUACUUCACGGGUACAACUUCGCAAAUAUUAGUUCAAAGAGCUUUGAAUCAUUUAAGGGAUGUUCAUGAAUUUGCCAGUAACAAUAGAAUUGUUAAUUAUGCGAAAAGAUCGUUAGAUUUUUCACUUCAGUCAAAUUCUAAUUUGAUCGUUUUAAGGGGUAUUAAAAGAAUAGGUUAUAACUCGCAUAUUGAACCUACUUCAAUUGUUGCCACAGGAUUUACAUUUUUCGUUUUCUUUGGCUACCUAUUGGUUAUAAUUCUUAUUUUUACUAAGCAGAUCCUUGAUUUGUUAAUUAGAUUUAAGAAGAUUAAUCCAAAUAGGUUAAGCCACUUUAGAUCUUCCUUCAGACUCAUUUUGAAAGGUUCCUUGUUAAGAUAUCUCUAUAUUGGAUUCACUCAAUUGGUAAUUUUAUCAUUAUGGGAAUUUACCCAAAAUGAUUCCCCAGCACUUAUUGUUUUGGCGGUAAUACUGUUAAUUUUGGUACUUGGUGUUGUAGUAUACUCUUAUUGGAGAGUUGUAAAGUUAGCAAGCCUGUCCAUUAAAGAGUAUAAUAACCCAGCUGCUGUGUUGUAUGGUGACUCAAAAGUCUUAAACAAAUACGGUUUCUGUUAUACUAUGUUCCAGGCAGAAAAAUAUUGGUUUGGUAUCGUUCUAAUUGGUUAUAAUUUGUUAAAAGCUAUUUUUAUUGGUUUAUGUCAAUAUUCCGGUAAAGUAUCAGCCUUAGUAAUCUUUAUUCUUGAUUUGGCUUACACAAUUUAUUUGAUUAUACAGGCGCCCUACUUGAACAAGCCUACAAACAUCCUCAAUUAUCUUAUUUCAGUCGUGGUAACUGUCAAUUCCUUCUUGUUCUUGUUUUUCUCCGAUUUGUUUGGCCAACCCGCUCCUGUGUCUUCUAUCAUGGGUUGGGUAUUUUUUAUUUUGAAUGCUGCUUUCUCAUUUUGCUUAUUGAUGAUGAUUAUUGCUUUCAUUACCUUCAUUUUGAUAUCGAAGAAUCCAGAUGCAAGAUUUGCUCCAGCUAGAGAUGACAGAACCUCAUUCCAAAGAAUGAGUUCUGUUAAACACAGAUCUUACAACAAUAAACAAGAUAAUCAAGGUGCUAAUGAGUUAUUGGCAUUGGGAUUGGCUGCACAAGAUCAUUCAAACAAUUGGGAGUCAGAAAUGUAUAAAUUGAAUAACAUUUCGUCAUCAUCUAACGACCAGAAAAAUCAUUUAACACCAUCGCUUGAACAAGAAAAGUUCGAAGUAAACGAAAUAAAUUCUAGUGAAAAUUCUAAUGAUACAGGACAACAACCACAGACAAUAGGCUCAAAAUUGAAAGGAAAAUUAUCUAGAGGUUUGUCAUUCAAAGCUGGCAAGGGUGAAAAGGGAACUCCUACUGAUAAGAAUACUAAAAAUAGUAAGAUCACAAGAAUUAGUGAUACCUUAUUAGAUGAUAAUCAAGAUAAUUAUGCAGAUGAGGAAAAGGAUGUUGUAAAUACUAAACCACGUUCAUUCCCAAAAGAUAAUUCGGCUACUCCAAUUAACCAACAUUAUAGACACGAUUCAAAUAUUUCAGCUGGUGGAUUCUCAUCAUAUUCCAAUAAUCAACCAACGAACACGAAUGAUAUUCUUUAA